UAUCUUAUUCCAGGAGUAUUCUACGGCGUGUCGUCCUUGUUUGCUAUAUUUGGUAACCUGCUAGUCGUCAUAGUAACAGUCCGAGUAACUCAGCUUCACUCUACCUCCAACAUUCUCAUAGGACUGUUAUGUCUGGUGGACCUACUCUACGCUGUGUGCCACGGAGUCUGGGUCUCAGUAGCUUCACUUCUACUCUACUGGCCCUGGCCAGGGGGAGGCGAUGGAGCCUUCUGUAAAACCUCCAGCUACGCAAGCGUCCUGUGGACAGGGAUCCUUUUCAUGCUGUUAGCUGCCAUCAGCAUUGAUAAGCUGGUAGCGAUAGCGUACCCUCUGAAGUACAGGAAGCUGAUGAACAGGCGGAUGGUGGGGGUGAUGUUUAGUGUGUCAGUGCUGACUCCCAUUCUUCUGAUCACCACUCCCCUGGGAAUACUCGAUAUGCAGGGUAACCUAGCUCACAAGUUCUACACAGCGUACGGGCAGUGCACGCUCUUCUUCAAGAUGGCAGACACGGACAGUGACCACGAGUUUGUGGAGGUCCACGAGUUUCCCAUCAUCCUGGUGCCUUACAUCCUGUGGUCCUUGACUCAGAUAGUUCCCUUGGUAACUAUUAUAGCGUGUUAUUCUAGAAUAUUCUACGAGGUCCGCCAACAAGUCAGGAAUACUAGGAGACACAGCAUUCAAGGAAGGGGCGUUCUCAGGUCUUAUAAAGCAGUGACCACUAUAUUUCUUAUAAUAGUGACAUUCGUGGUCACGUGGAUCCCUGAAUUUUUGGUAGAUAUUUUCAUUAUGCUGCACAUCAUAGAGCCCAAGGACGAGUCACCUCUGACAUUCGCAAUCACUGUGGUGACACGAUGGUUGUACUACCUUUCUCCUACCCUGGACCCCUUUAUCUACGCUCUCCGACACAAACGACUACAGAGUGCCAUAAAACAAACAUUCUGUAUCCCUAAAUACCGGGGGGAGUACUAUUACUCCAACAGUGACGUGGUCUCCCGGGCUCUAAGACGCUUCUCCACUGCCGUACACCAGAGUGUAAACUCAGAGAGAAUACAGAGACAUUCCACAAGAAUUCUAGACAAUGUGUCAGGUAGUGUGACAUCCUUAGGGUCCCUUCUCUCUACCCAUAUACAGUCACAUGUUGAUAUCAUCAUAGAGACUGCCAGCACUGCGACCCCUAAAUUUCUAAGACGAAGACCCGCGAGUGCUCCGAUAGAGUUAGACCAUCCACUGUCACUCAUCCAGUCCCGACCGAGGUCCUGGAUGAACGCCAGGAAGACUUCCAGAAAAGUAUCUGUUGUCCAGGAGAUGGAUAGUCCCACUAGAUCAGAGCGGAGUAGACCAAACACACAGGACCCUGUUAGACGGGAAUACAACUUCAAUCAAAUAUCGGACCAUAUCGAAGCUGAAUCAGAUUCAUGCUCCAAGAUUAGUAUCUCAGUUGAAAGCAAUUCAUCUGACACCCAAUUUCUUGGUAGAUUAUUCGGAAACGGCGAAGACGAAGAUGAUGGAGUGACCAUGAACAUUAUAUCAAAACAGACAAUAGAAAAAGUAGAAUCUGUGAAGGUUGAUUCUAUAACAAGUUCAGAUGAAUUGAGAGAUAAUGCAGAAUGA